GCGGUGAGUUGACGAGGUGCCGGCUGGUCUGUUUGCAGGGGCUCCUCCAGGAUAGAAGAAGCAUGCGAUCUCUACGCCCGCGCGGCAAACAUGUUCAAAAUGGUCAAGAACUGGAGCGCUGCAGGGAAUGCCUUCUGCCAGGCAGCCCAGCUCCACCUGCAGCUGCAGAGCAAGCACGACGCAGCCACCAGCUUCGUGGACGCUGGCAACGCCUUCAAGAAAGCUGACCCGCAAGAGGCCAUUAACUGUUUGAUCAGAGCUAUCGAGAUCUACACAGACAUGGGCCGAUUCACCAUCGCCGCCAAGCACCACAUCUCCAUAGCGGAGAUCUACGAGACGGAGCUGGUGGACAUCGAAAAGGCCAUAGCCCAUUACGAGCAAGCAGCUGAUUACUACAAAGGGGAAGAGUCCAACAGCUCUGCCAACAAGUGUCUGCUGAAAGUGGCCACGUACGCCGCCCAGCUGGAGCAGUACCAGAAAGCCAUCGAGAUCUAUGAGCAGGUGGGCACCAGUGCGAUGGACAGCCCCCUGCUGAAGUACAGCGCCAAGGAGUAUUUCUUCAAGGCGGCCCUCUGCCACUUCUGCAUCGACAUGCUCAACGCCAAGCUGGCCAUGCAGAAAUAUGAAGAGAUGUUCCCAGCCUUCUCCGACUCCAGGGAGUGCAAACUGGUGAAAAAGCUGCUGGAAGCUCACGAGGAACAGAACAUCGACAACUACACCGACUCGGUAAAGGAGUACGACUCCAUCUCACGGCUGGACCAGUGGCUCACCACCAUGCUGCUCCGGAUCAAGAAAACCAUCCAGGGCGAAGAGGAGGAUCUGCGUUAAACCCCACCCCUCCUUCCCAGUCACUGUUGACUUUCCUCCGCAGCAUCUGCACGGAUCUCUUUGGGGAUGGGAGGGGGUGGGCCUGCAGGAGAAGGGUUCUGACUCAGUGAUGUAUUACCCCGUAUCUCAUAACCCUUUUGCCUCACAACCCAAAGGGGCCUGUGAACCUAACCACCUGACGCAGCUGCUCUAGCGCCCUGAGCUGUUUCCCCUGGGCCAAACACAUCACUUUCUGCUCUGCAGAGGUGCCCGGCCUGGCAGCAGACUCCUCCCAGAUGUGAUCCUCCAACACCCUAACCCGCUGCCCGGGUUCCCUCUGCCGAUAGUCAGUCGUACAGAUGACUGACUAUCUUAAACUGGCUUUAGCCUUGACUCCCUUCUUGCUGCUUCCAGAAAACAGCACAAAAUUGGUUUUUCUCACUUCCUGCGGUUUAGAACAGGCCCCUCUGUGCUCCCCCAGCACUGAUUUCAGACUCACUACCAGGCGUGGGAACAGGAGUGCCCCCUCCCCAGCCUGCAAGCGUACCCUUGUAGGCGCUCCACUGUCAGAGCUCUGAGUACUUCGCUCAAGCCGAGAGCCUGGCUUCAGGCUGGGAAGUGACACGUAGUGGCUUCCUCUCCUAGCCACCCGAGAGCUGGGAUGUGAGGGAAGCACAAACUGGAGUUCCCCAGCUCCUGCUUAUUUCAGUCAAGGGCUGUGCCUAGCAUCUUGCCUGCAGAUACUUCCCCAGGCAUCCUCUCGCUCCCCAAGGCUCCUUGAGUCACUUCACUGUCUGUUCUCUCCUUCCCCCUUCUCACUGUCAGUCACACCUGCUGACAUGAGAAAUACACCUCUUUUCUUUCCCGACUGGGUGGCUGUAGUGCCGCUCUACCGGGGAGGGGGGGCAAGCGCUGCAUCCUUCACGUGGGGCCCCAAGAGGGGAGAACUGGACUGGCUGGUCGUUCCCAUGCUGCGUGGGUAGCCAAAUAGUUCUGUGCUUCUGGUACGUUAAUAACCUUAGCAAACCCUUCCUUGGUGACUCUAAUUUAAUCUCUUCCCAGCCAAGGCAGCAGGCCCCCUGCUGUGGGGGGCAUGGCACCUGGUUGGAAGGGAACCGAACUCCCAUUCAGUAUUGUGUGCAUACAGUACUUGUGGCCAUAAAGGUUUUUAUUUCUGGACCAUUCUCUUGAUUUUGAAACCUAGUCUGAGGGGCAAGGCAGUUCCAGGUUUACCAUGUAGUAAUCUCCACUUCUGUAUUGUUUGUUGGAAGAAACAGGAAGUCUUGCUGCAUGUUUUAAUGUCAUCAGAAAGCGACUCUUGCUGAGUGUAGUGACCAAUUGCACAAGAAAAAUAAAACUUUGCAUGAGCAAAAGCAGAUUUUCAUAACUCUGCAGCUAAAGUCACAAUGCUUCCCUGUGGCCUGGCAUGCUGGAGCAGUGCCUCUUGCUGCCACUGAAUUCUCCCGUUCCCGUGCAGUCCCUUUACAGCAGGAGCCUGUUCUGAGCACUGGCUGCAGAGCAAACAAAACAAAAUCACUUUCUAAAUCUGCUCUGGUUAUUGAGGCAUUGGUUAGAUCCAGUCCUGUCAGCACCAGAGAGCCCAAGCUGAGCUGGCAAUGUGUCAGCUGAGUUCAGUAAAUUCAAGCACAAAUAUUUUGUCUUGGCAUUGGAACAAAGAAGACAGGCUCGGGGGUAAGGCUGGAAAUUAGCAGUACCGCUUCGUUCCCUGUCAAAGCUUGAUUCAUCACUUGAGAUAAAGAUAAAAAUUGUGGCUGCCUCCACAGAUGGUCACUACUUAGAAUAAAAUUAGCAUCUUUCACAGUUACAAA